AUGGAUUUAUACCGUUGUGUCAAUCGAAACAGUGGCUCUACAACUGCAGAUUGCAAAGGUGAUGCAAGGAAGAUUCCUUUGAUGGGAUAUGGUGCUGGAUCACGCUUGUAUAAGCUGUGGAAUUGGUACAUUGAGAACGAUUCCUUAGCCACAGAACAAGAACUGAAAAGGCUUGGGGAACACAAGUAUUCAGCAGUCGAUAACAGUUGGUUGGAUGAGUUGUGCAUGAAAAAGUGGUGGGAAUAUGUGGUUACAUGGUGCCCUCUGUGGGUGGCUCCAAAUCUGAUAACUCUCGUUGGACUUGUAAUAAACUUGAUCACUGUAUUGAUUCUAUCUUCCUUUUCAUAUUCUGCAACAGAACCGGCUCCUGCAUGGGCUUAUGCGCAAGCUGCCUUAGGAUUAUUCCUUUACCAAACCUUGGAUGCUAUUGAUGGAAAGCAAGCUCGGAGGACUGGAUCGAGUAGUCCUCUUGGUGAACUAUUUGAUCAUGGCUGCGACAGCAUGACUCAAGUUUUCGUCACUCUGAACAUAUGCUAUGCCAUGUCCUUGGGCCUCAUGCCUAAUAUUGUCAUAAGUGUGUCGAUCAUAUCAGUCGUGAUGUUUUAUGCUGCUCAUUGGUCUACCUACUGUACCGGACAAUUACGUUUUUCUAAGUUUGAUGUGACGGAGGCUCAAAUGUCUGUCAUUGCGGUUCUUCUCACUACCUGUCUGUUUGGGAACUCAUUCUGGGAAAUAAGCCUGGUAGCCGGAUGGAAGUUACGGCAUUUAGUACUUUUGUCUUCUUUGAUUGGGACUAUAUAUCAAGUCUGUGGGUACGUCAAGGUUAUCAUUCACGGAGGAGUUGGAAAAAAUGGAUCUACCAUAGCUGGGACAUCGGUAAUAUUCCCUUUGUUUCCGCUUCUCAUGGUCGUUGUGCCAUUUUGCAUGAUAUAUUCGAGAGCGGAAACUUCCGUAUAUGACGACCACAUCACGCUCUUCAUGCUGUGCUUCGGUGCAGUUGGAGCUAAGGCUACGAAUAGGCUUGUGAUUGCUCAUAUGAGUAAAAGUGAGCUACGAUUAUGGGACUGGAUCUAUGUGGGGCCAUUGUUACUAAUGUUAAAUCAAUACUACAAUACAAUCUUUGACGAGCUAAUACUUCUACGAAUUGUUACGGUCUAUUGCUACACCUCAUUGUUGAUCUAUUGUACAGUGCACGUGUACCUCCCACAAGGAAGACCACGUGACUAUUGGUUGAAGACAAUAUUAUCUGAUAAAGGAUGAUUUUGUGUCCUUUAUCUGGUUGCGUAGCAUCCAGGCUAACCAAAUGCUAGUGGUACAGUUUAAAAUGAGAAGCAGAUGUCGUUAUUUCUAGAUAUUGCUGACGUUACGUAUUACGGUGUGUUUAAUCACAGUGACGUUUUGUGCUUGAUUGCUCUACUCGUCGUUUUUUGAAGAUGUGACUAAGUAUUUCUUUUGUUAGUCAUUGUUAAUAAGUUUUACCGAGCUUUUAUGAACUUACCGUGGCAUUCAUACGUGUAUCAAAAAGCUGGAUGGUGAUUGUUCAACUGAGAGAGAAUUAAAUUGGAAGUCUGCUUUUCGGUUACUUGUGAAUGAUGGAAGUAUAAGAUGUACGAUAUCACUGUUUGAUCUCUGUUGAUACGAAGUGCUUCAAAC